AUGUUUUAAUUCAAAAAGAUAGCCAAAUUACCCCUAAUUCUAAUUCAAUGUGAAUGUGGAAGGGAGUUUCUAUAAGAGGAAAUGUAUUGUUGUCUAUCAUGCCAAAACAGUAUGUGUAGAUAUUGUACAUCAAAUGAAAUAUUUUGCUAUUAUUGUAGAAAUUGUGGAGAUGUUCAAAUUACAAGCGAAACAUCCAAUCUGACUGUUAAUUGUAGUUCUUGUUUUGAAUGUCCUGUUUGCAAAAAUGUAUUGCGUAGACAAAUAGACACUGAGAAGAAUUAUGGAUUCACUUGUUCAUAUUGUUUUUAUACAACCAGAACAAUUGGAGUCACUGAUCCUAAUUUUCAAUAGGUUUACACAAAAAUUAAUAAUGCUUAUAAACAAGAAUAUGAAGCUGAGUAUAAGGACUUCUAAGAUCAAUAUAAUCGUAUUAAAAGUAUAGAGAAUAAUAAUUUCCUAAUCAAGAAACAAUAAAAAAAUAAACAUGUCUUAAAAUCAUUAACAUAAUCAUGGACAAAAAGUGAAGCUUUAAUUCACUAUAGUAAUGCAGACAUAGAUAAGAUGACUAAAGAAAAAAACCUAAAGGUUGUUCUAUAAAGGUAUAACUUAGACUUAAAUAACAAAUAAGUCGAAUUGUAAGACUUUAAUCCAUCAUAAUAAUCUUCAACUUUAUUGCCGAUACCUUUAGGAUUGUUAAGCAGAAAAAAUAGAAAAUGCAGAAAAUGUUAAAAAUUAAUUUUUACAUUACAGCCAGAAAAAAACUCAAAAAAGUUUGCUUAUAGUGUUUAAAACUUACACUAUGAUCAUGCCCCUUAUUUGUAAGUGGGUAAAGUAUCUUAUGUGAACAAGGAGAAAACAGAAUUGUCAGUAGUGAUUUAAAUGUUUAAUAAAACUAAAAAUGCCAUGGAAUACUCCUUUUAACCUCUUGAUUAGUAGAUAUUGGAAUAAUAUAAAUUAUUAACAGUGAAGAAUCUACCCUCACCCAACUUUACAUUCAAUAAUGACAACAUAGAAAGCGAUGUUUAACAAUAUUAAAAGUUUGAAGCCAUUUUAAUUAUUAAGGAUGCCACAAAAAUACAGUUUGCAUUUUCUGUCUCAGCUAAAAUCAAAAUGCCCAUGGAUUAACAAUAAUUGAAUUACAACGUUAAUGUAUAUAUUGGAACAUUAUGA